CUACGCUAUAAUCACACUUUUCGCGACACAUUCUUCAGUGUCGAUUGAGAUUGCCUGCAAAUACGGUGUAAAUAAAGUAAUUAAUCAGCGACAAAAUGGGUUUGACAAAAUGCUGUAUUUUAAUUUUGUGCUUUGCGGGGGUCUUACCCCAGUCUAUUAAUAUUUCCAAUCGCAGUGAGAAUGAGACUCAACCCUUCAUAGAGAUCGGUAGUAAAUAUUACUUAAUAAAUACUGCUACUACGAUGAAUUGGUUCGGUGCGGUGCUUUUUUGUCGCAACUAUGAUAGUGAUUUAGCCGUAAUUGAAUCGCUAGCUGAGAUGAAUGCAUUGAGUUUUUAUUUAACCACGAAUGAAGGUCAUAUUGGUAAAAAUUUUUGGCUGGGUCUGACCGAUUUGGCCGAUGAGGGUAAAUUUAUGUCACUAACAGACGGACGUCCAAUGCUCUAUGCUAAAUGGGCAGGCGGUCAACCAGACAAUGCUGGUCAAAAUGAGGAUUGUGUACACCUUUGGGCUUUUGAAAAUAUAUUCUAUAUGAAUGAUAACAAUUGCAUGGCUCAGCAUUAUGCCAUCUGUGAGUUGCGGCAGCCGAAGAAGACUUGUGACGUGUGUGAUUUGAAAAAUUUUAUGGAAAGAUUCAUGCAACAUACAAAUAUUCCAAAUUGUCGAAAUUAGUCAGGUGGAAGUGCCAGUUUUAUUAAUAAAAUCGUUGUUUCAUAACAAUACCUUCUUUUAAA